UAACUGAGUCACAAAACAUGGAGAAAGCCAUGGGGCUGGAAGACAUCCUACCCAGAGUGCACCUGGUGCCACUUUACUGCUGCCACGAAAUGCAGAACUGUGGACCCCGAUCAGGAGGCGGAACCUCCAUUUCCUCCCUCAGGAUUGUCUUCUCAGGGCACAGCCUGGAUCCUGGCCUGGCUGGUCUGCUUGGACAAACAGCACCACGCUCCAGACAGCCUUUCAUGGUCACCUUCUUCAGAGCCAGCUCGAGUCCUGUGCGGACCCCUCGGGCAGUGAGACCGCUGAAGAGGAGGCAGCCAAAGAAAACAAACGAGCUUCCACAUCCCAACAAACUCCCAGGGAUCUUUGAUGAUGGCCACGGUUCCCGAGGCAGAGAGGUUUGCCGCAGACACGAGCUGUACGUCAGCUUCCGUGACCUCGGCUGGCUGGACUGGGUCAUCGCCCCCCAGGGCUACUCCGCCUAUUACUGUGAGGGAGAGUGUGCUUUCCCACUGGACUCCUGUAUGAAUGCCACCAACCAUGCCAUCUUGCAGUCUCUGGUGCACCUGAUGAAACCAGAUGUCGUCCCCAAGGCAUGCUGUGCUCCCACCAAACUGAGUGCCACCUCUGUGCUCUACUAUGACAGCAGCAACAAUGUCAUCCUGCGGAAGCACCGCAACAUGGUGGUCAAGGCCUGCGGCUGCCACUGAGGCCCUGCCCGGCAUCCUGCUUCUACGACGGUACCAUCUGGUCAGGCCCCUCUCCAGAGGCAGGAAACCCUCUUAUGUUAUCAUAGCUCAGACAGGGACAACGGGAGGCCAUCACUUCCCCUGGCCACUUCCUGCUAAAUUUUUGGUCCUUUCCCAGUCCCCCUGUCCUCUUCAUGGGGUUUGUGGGCUAUCGCCCUCCCCUCUCCAUCCCCCUACCCCAAGCAUAGACCGAAUGCACACAGAAUCCCAGAGCUGUGCUGACUGAGAGGUCUGGGGUCGGUGCUGAAGACCCACAUGAGGAAGACUCGUCCUUGGCCAUCCUCAGUCCACAGUUGCAAACUCUGGACGGUCUAAGAAGGCUCUGAAAUUUGAAACUGGCUGAUCUGGGCUCUGCACCACUCAUUAUGGUGGUCAGGGCAUUUGUAGGUAUAACGGACACACACAUCAGUGUAUUGCUGUACUCCUUGAAAUCAGAGCAAUCCUGUUAUAAAAAGAAUCAGAGCCAGGUAUAACGGUGCAUGACAUUAAUCCCAGCACUAGAGAGAUGGAGACAGGAGGAUCUCUGUGAGUUCAAGGCCACAUAGGAAGAUCUUGUCUCAGGGGAGAAAAAAGGAAGAAAAAGAAAGAAUAACCGUCUGCUGGUUUACAGUAAUGGUGAGAGGGAUAUUUCAUGAUGUGUCCUGGGCCUAUAAGCAAUGGACUCUAGGAGCUUCCAGUUCCCUCUACCACUGCUGCCAUGCUGACCAGCUCGGGGCUGGGCAUGGGGACAAAAUGAACCCUCAGCAGAAGCAAGAACACAAAUGAAGAGGCUGGUCCAGGCUGGCACACAGUAGGUGCCACUUCUUUGACUUAGCUGACGGCCUGCACCACUGAUCUCCCUCUAAAUGUCCCACGCUGCGCUGGACAAGCCCUUGACAUACAUCCUCAGCACGGACCUGCGGAUAGCCACUCAGCUACUCAGAGGAGAGGGCCUGGCUUUCCUCUUUCUCUGAGAAGAUCGAUCUGUCCCACCCAGGGCACCAUGACAGUCUUCCAGCCAGGCGUGGGGAGAGGGGAGGAGUGUCGGCGUUUGCUUAUGUCUGAGAACUAAGAACAGGUUGGUCACCAAGCUGGCGUCGCCCUGGGGGCCCAGCAGCUCCAUCCUGUUUCUGGGACCUGUGAGUCAAAGAAAAGGCCCCUGUCCCAGGGGACUGACAGGUGGUAAUUAGGCUGCGUUGGGUGGGGAGGCUCGGAAACCACUGCUCUCCUUGGGGCAGCCGCUGGGAGCUGGAGCGUUUAUUUGAUUUCUGACUUGCUAAGCCUGUAAUUUACCUGCGGGAACAGAGUCCAGCUGCCCAAACGGUGUCAUUAAGAGCAGGUCCUGGACUCAUCCCCAUCUAGAGACACACCCAGCGGAGGUGGACCCACCCAGGUGCCCAGGGAUGCACCUCUAUGGAGUUCAUAUUCUUCACCCCUAGUUGGGCCCCAGGGAGGGCAGGACUAGGAGCCAGAGUGAGGCUGGGGCCUUGCCACAGGCAGCAGCUUACCCCAUCCCCGGCCUGGGAGGGUUUCCUGUGUGAGGCCAGAGAAGGCAACCUUCCAUGUACACAAAGUAUGGGCCCAGAAUAUCUGGAAGAUACUGAAUUCCCCAAAAGCUUCAAGCUUCUAGGGGCCGGAGGGAUGGUUUAACACUUAAGAGAACUGGCUGCUCUUCCAGAGGACCAGGAUUUGAUUCCCAGCACCCACACGGCAGCUCACAACUGUCUAUGACUUCAGUUCCAGAGGAUCCAGUGCCCUCUUCUGGCUUCCAGUAGCCCCUGCAUGUAUGUGCACAGACAUACAUGCAAGCAAAACACUCACAUACAUAAAAAUAAAAGUAAACCUUAAAAAAAAAAAAACUUUGGGCCUCAAACACAGGCUGGCUGGGAUCGCACAAGGCAUUAGCCUGAAUGUCAGGAUACUGACUUUCUUAGUGUCUGGACAAAUUACCUUUCUUAUCCAAGCCUAAGUGCCCCAUCUGUAGCAUGAGUUGUCUUUCUGUUAUUCUAACAAAACACCGGAGACAAUCCAUUUGACACAGGUUUAUUUUUCUGAUGGUUUCAACAGUCUGUGGUUAGGUGGCCCCACGGCUUUUGGCUGGUGGUGAGGCAACAAAUUGUGGCAAAGGGCACGGUGGACAAAGCCAAUCAUCUCAUGGUGGACCAGAAGGGGAAGAAAAGAAAAAGAGCAGACUGAUCCCAGUCUCUCCUUCAAUAGUGCAUCCCCCAUGACCAAAAACCACUUCCUUCACGGCAGCUGCCUGCUGCCAGCACCAUACCUGGGACUAAGCCUCAAAUACACAGGCUGUGGGGACGUCCUUUUCCUUGGGAACAGUGGUUCCUGUUGUUGUUCCAAAGGUUCUUCCAACCAGGAGACUUGCUGCCUCUCCAGCUCUCUCUCGAAGGCAUGGCCAUGGGACUCACAAGCCUCACAAGCUUAUCCAAUAAAUUUCCCAGCACUGAA